GGAAAAAGGAGUUGUGAAGUUGGAUUAAGAAAAGAUUGGCUCACCAUAAGAUUGACACAAAAAACAUAUAUGCACGGUAGCAGUAGUUUGGUUGGUACAAGUUACAUAGCAGUUCCAAGUAGUUGCAAGUCAUACAAUAGACAAAGGCUGUACAAUCGAAGAGUAAUAUCACAAUUAGUGACAAGGAAGCAACCAGCCUUUAGAAUUUUUGUAGGACCAAAACGGCUUUUGAACUUGAUUAGAAUGGCACAAACUUCGAACCACUCGUCUACAGGAGAAGGAACGACCAAAAGUGAACAACCUAAUGGUUUGAAAGUUGUUCGAUUGUUACACUGGACAGACGUACAUUUUCAUGUUUUGCAAUUGCCAACUCUUUUACCUACGUGGAAACAGUUGUUGGGUUUGGCGCAUCUCUAUAUGAGAGGAAGAAGACAAGAUUUCCGUGCGGCUGAGCUGAUUCCGACGUUUGUAAAACAAAUAGACAGUCUAGAACCUGACAUAUGUAUAUUUUCUGGAGACUUGACAGCUUUGAGUCUUCCUGCCGAAUUUGAAAUAGCCAAGUCGAUAUUGUCUCCCAUGUUGGAGAAGUAUCCUAAUAUCAUGAUUGCAGGUAAUCACGAUCGGUAUAUUAAGGAAAGUGAAUACUUGAUGGAACAAUAUUUUGGAGAAUAUAUGAAAGGAGGAGAUGUUUGGGAAAAUGGGGAAUGGAAAGUGACAAAAGAAACUCCUUGGCCUAAAGUCUAUGAUGGAGGAUUUGGUUUGAAAAUUAUUGCAAUGGAUCAAGCAAGACCUAGCAAAUGGUCCUUUGGGGAGAAUUCUUCAGAACAGUUGAAAAGGCUGGAAAUGUUACUGGAACGAUGGGAUUCUUCUCAUUGUAUAGUAGUUGGACAUUAUCCAGUAUUGAAUAUAGAUGGGAGUAUAUCGAAUACUUUUGGUCGCAGUUUAAAGGAUGUGCAUGAAUUGUAUCAAGUUUUUUGUAGACAGCCUCCUUUGGCUUAUUUGUGUGGACAUGAUCAUGAACAUUAUAUGCAAAGUAUGCUAAUGGGUGAUCGUUGGGUACGCUUUAUUUGUUGCGGUAGUACAAGUUAUUUGGGAAAAAAGUCACAGAAGAAGGCUGGAUUUUAUGAAGUGGAGAUUGGAAUUCCCGUUGACCAUCAUGAAUUCCAAUUGUUAUCCGUUAUUAGACAUGAAUGGAAUAGUUAUCGUCAACAAUUUGAGCGUUUAGAUGAACCUUCCGUAUUGUAUCGUCCCAACCCACAUUGGGUAGAGAGUAGUCGAUGAUAGUAAUAGAAUUCUGAGAUUGUCCCAAAAGGUAAUUGCACACGA